CCCCAACCCAAACCCAAUUAUCAGAUCAAACUCAAGUAAAACACACAACGUACCAGUGUAAAAUGCCCAAUAUUAAAUUCUUCUACGCCCCGGACGCUUGCUCCAUCAUCCCACACAUCCUUCUCCAUGAAACAAAUACCCCUUUCGAAUCCAUCCGAAUUGAAAUGGAAGGAACCGAUGAGAGCUUCCCGGAGAGUUUCCGCAAAAUCAACCCGAAAAGCCGCGUCCCCGUCAUCGCUCUCGACGACGAGGUCAUCACGGAAGUCCCGGUUGUCUCGAUGGUUAUCUCCAGCCUGGCACCGGAAACGAACCUCAUGGGACGAACCCCGAUGGAGACGGCCCGGGUGCACGAAUGGAUGAAUUAUGUAGCAGGAACGGUUCAUGCUGGGGGUAUUAGCCAUUUCUUCAGGCCAGGGCGGUGGACUGUUUCAACUGAGGAGAAGGACUUGGAGAUGAUUAAGAGAAGAGGCUUCGAAAUAAUGCGGAAGUGUUUUGCGUUAAUUGAAGAGAGAUUGGUCGGGGAGUAUGCCGUUGGGGAGAGCUUUACUGCUGCGGAUGUCUUCUUGUAUUUUGCUUAUCGGAUAGGAGUCAGGGCGGAGGUUGGAUUGCAGGCGUAUGCCAAGUUUACUGAGCUGGCGCGGAGGAUAGAAGGGAGGGAGACGGUGCAAACUGUGUUGAGGAGUGAGAGGAUUCAUUCUAUCUUUUGACUAAGAUAGAGAUAGUCGGGUGUGCUAUGGGACCCUUGCUUGUCAAGUUCUAAGCACGUAUUUUAUGUUCCAUGCCCUUGUCGACGAAAUAGAUCUAGUUCCUCGCUCGUCGUAUAGCUAAAGUCACCAUCCCCAAAUCAGGCACAAUCAUAGACUUUUAGUCCUAAAGCCACUGAAGAGCAUCCACCAACACCUUGAUAGCACCCUCAACUACAAACCCUUGAUCAACCCGCCUCUGGACAUACUUCCUCAUCCAAUGUCGACAAUUACACACCUAAUACCCGUUUCUCAGUAAUCACACUUCAAGCCCGAGACAGGACAUGGAUACAUCUUUCCCAAAAAGCUCCCAACUAAGACCAGGCGGCUUCACAACCGUUGCAACAGACCCCAAACGAUCUCUAGGCAUAGUAUCGCACAACAGCUUCCAUCACCCACGGCAUCACGGUCAUAGCGCUCUUCGAUGCCCACAAUUGGUAUUAUCUGCUAAUUUCGAUCCGUGGUGGCAAAGCCAUAGUUGCGAUUGAACCCGCAGAACACAGUUGCUGUUGUGCCAGUCGCAUGAGUUACUUCCAUGUUGGUCGGUGCUGUUGACGGUUGGGAUGAAGAUGGGCCAGUGAGCGGGGCGUGAUCCGUUAGAGAAUAGGGCGAGGUAGAAUGGC